GAAGAGUUCCGAGGAGACAAUAUGGGGGAGCCCCAGAUUGCAUUGGAUUGGCUUGAGCAGAUGGACCGGGUAUUAAGAAUUUGAGAGUCCCAGAUGCUGAUCGCUCGGAGUUGGCGUCACAGAUGUUCCGGAAGGGAGCAUAUGAUUGGUGGAAGCGCAUUGACCAGGAUCCACACACGCCCAAGCCGUGGACCUGGGAUCGCUUUGAUCGAGCCUUCACGAAGGAGUACGUACCCACCCGGUACCGCGAGGAGAGGCGCGAUGAGUUCGUUGCGCUUAAGCAGGAGGGGAUGUCACUGCCUGAACUGAGACAGAGGUUCGACUACUUGUCCCAGUAUGCGACGAGUCUGGUCUCCACUCCGGAGGAUCGUUUGAAUGAGUUCGUCAAGAAGCUACGGCCGGACUUGAGGCCGUUCGCCGCACUAAUCACGACGACAGAUUUUAAUGCGGCGUAUGAUUUGAUUGUGAAGACGGAAAAGAGCUUGGACGAUUUGCAGGCAACCAAGAAAGAGGAUCGAGCGACGAAAGACCCGCGACCCGCGGCCAGCACCGGGCCGAGCGGGAAGAGUUUUGGAUUCGGGGGAAAGAGGUACGAGAAGGGUUCUUCGAGUACGCCGCCGCCUAAGAGGAGUAAGUCGAGGCCGUCUCCGUCGGCCGCCGCUAGCAACUCGAACAGAACGAGGAGCCACCCGCAAUGUGUACAUUGUGGGCAUUUCAGGAAGCAUUGCCCGACAAACCCUAGCAGCGAGCCUGUUUUACCUAGAGCUCCGGAUCAGCCUGCCGCAUCACAUCCAGCACGGAGUCAGCAGUCUACGGCCGCAAAUAAUCAGCAGAGAGCACGUCCGCAGCAGUCAGGCCGGGCACCAGCGUGUACCUACGCCAUGCAUGGGCGCACAUAUCCUAGUCCCGAUGUUAUCUUGGGUACGUUCAUACUAUUUGAUUCGGUUAUGCAUGCCUUGAUCGAUCCGGGUUCUACGCUCUCCUAUAUCUGUGUUGGCAUGCUUGCUAAUUCUGCGAUUGUGAGGAGUGACCUUGAGAUACCUACCGUUGUAUCGAAUCCGCUAGGGCAUAGCAUGCGUCUUCAUCACAUUUAUCAUAGGUCUCCGUUGUCGGCGCAAGGGAAGCAAUUCCCUGCAGAUGUGAUAGAGCUACCACACAAGGAGUUUGACAUUAUCCUUGGUAUGGAUUGGCUCACCGAGCAUAGAGCAGUGGUCGACUGCAGUUGUCGGACCGUACGGCUGAGAGCCGAGGACGGUCCAGCGCCGCCGACCACGGUUCCCAAUCUUCGAGCCGCGGUCGUCGCCGUCCAAUUGGAGCAGCCAGCCGCCGGCGUCGCCCUUCCCCAGCCGGUCGCCGCCGCUGUUUCCUUCCCCAGCCUCGCCGCCAUCAUCGCCGACGGGUGCAGCGCCGCCACGCCAAACGGAGGACGUCGCCAAACGCCGGACGCCGCUGUUUCGCCCUCGCCGGAAUCGAGAGCCGCCGUCGCCCGAGCUUCCAGCCGGUCGCCGAGCUUCCAGCCGCCGUCGACCUUUGCACAGCAGCCACCCGCCGCCGUCGAUUGCAGCGCCGCCAGUCGCUGCUCAUCGCCGUCGAACUGCCGCUCCGCCACUGUCGCCGGCGUCCGUCACCAUCGCCGCAUCCGGCCGCUGCCCCGAGUUGAUAUCGCCGGCAGAUUAACCCCCACGCCGGAUUGAUUGGUCGAUUUCGUAUUUUGACUCGAUUUGAACCGUUCGGUUGAUUUCGUUGAUUUGUCUUUCGUUCGAGCUAUCGAUUCGAUUUCGACGUAAUCCAGGUCCGUACUAUGAAGUUAAUAGCAUUCAGAAUAGAUUUAAUGGUUUGGA